UUCGCGAGCAAAAGGUGCCACACGCUGGGCCAUCGAUUCGACGCUCGUCUAAAAGGAUUGUAGCUGGUGAUCCCCGAAAGACGACAGACGCUCGAAGGAGAACUUACUCGAAGAACUACACUCGUGAAUAGUCCAAGGUGGGGCCGAUUCUUAGAAUCGGUCGGAUAUCGUUUCUCCAAUUCUGGAUACCACGGUGGUCAUCGAUUCCUCCAAUCGUUCAAUCUAAGUGUCUUAGAGGAAAAGGAACGUAGAUCCGAGGAUAGCAUAGCCACAGUCCUGGGCUCCAGUCAUGCCGAAUUACUAUGCACACGAGGAUUACGAUUAUGGGGCAGCCGAUGGAACAUCGCAGGAAGGUCCUGGUAGAACGAUACAACAGGUGCCAGGUGCCAGGCCCAUAGUGGACCCACAAGCCCAAGGAGAGGUCGAUCCCACCUUGUAUCCUCAACCAAAGGAGGCGACGCACAAGAUUCGUGGCAAGAGCGACGUGAUCGAGUACCUGUUUGGUUCCGUAGAUCAGGAAUUGCUUACCGUGAAAACGUUCUACUUCUUCUUCUAUUCGGCCUUUGGUUCCCUUUUUCCUUUGAUGGGAGUAUAUUUCAAACAGAUGGGCAUGAACGCUGGCCAGUGCGGUCUCCUGAUGGGACUAAGACCCUUCAUCGAGUUCCUUAGCGCGCCUUUCUGGGGUUCGUUGGCUGACAGGUGGCAAAAGGGCAAGGUGAUUUUUUUAGCCUCUCUCUCUUGUUGGAUCAUCUUCACUCUUCCUCUGGCUUUCAUGCAACCACCGGCCACAUCGUGUUGGGUUAUACGAAACAACACGCCGUAUUUGGAACCACCGAACCCUAAAUUAAGAAUAGUUAAACGGUCCGUCAAUCUUAACGAUUUUUAUCAUAGAAAUGACGAAGAAUGUUUAGAGAUCGCGGACAACGUAGUUUUCGAGAGACUGCGUAAGGACAGCAAACCAAAUCCACUGGCGGCUCUCAUUUUACAAACGAAUAAGGGCACGAUGAAUGAUGUACGAGAAAAUUACGAUCUCAAUAACGAUAGAGUUCGAAGAGAAACGCAAGAAGGAACAAGUACUUCAACGGAAGAGACCCUUAUCGAAGAUUUGAAAUACAAACAGCUGGUGUUCGAAGAAAACGAUCCUGAAGCUAAAACUAUCAACUUUGAGACUCUGCAAAGGAAAAACCGUCCAGCCGAUGUGCUCGAAUACAAACGUUUCCUAAAUAACCAACCUUUGGACGAUGGAAGACCACCAAAGAAAGCGUAUACGCAUACCAAGACAAGAGUGAAACCACCACCAAUGAAGGUCAUGGUGAAAAGAGACGCCAGUGAUGAAGUUUCAGAGGAGAAGGAGUCUCUAUUCAAGUUUCAAACGGUCACCGUGAAAUCUCCAACUAAAGUAUCCUUGUUGGACGAAGAGGAAGAAGAAGAAGUGAACGAAAAUGACGAAAAUAAUGAUGAAGGUGUCCAGAUGCCGUUGGUUAGGACCAAACGUUAUGUCACCGUACCUCACUACGGCAAGAGUCCUCAUAGUGUUUCCAAUGCUGCGAAUUACAACGAAGAGGAGAACAAAGGAUGGGUGAAGCCUCUCUACAGUUCCAUUGUCUACAGAUUACCGGAUAUCCAAAAAACCUUCUUCCUUCUGUUACUGUUGGUGAUAGUGGGUGAAUUCUUCUCGGCGCCUGCGAUCACUCUAGCUGACUCUGCCGUCAUCACUUUAUUAGGCGAAGACGCGGACAAGUACGGUCACCAGCGAAUGUUCGGUAGCUUAGGCUGGGGUCUUGCUAUGUUCUUCGUCGGUAUCGCUCUAGAUCAUAGCACUGCGUUCUCCGAGCAUCCAUGCGGUCCAGAUGCAAUGGAGAAGAAUUAUACGAUCUGCUUUGCGAUCUUCAGCGUCCUCAUGGGUGCCGCUCUGAUCACUGCCACGCAGAUCAACUUUAAAUACGAUUUUCCGGUCACGGAACUGGAAGUGGAGAAGCCUCCUGCAGAACCAACAAGGGAGGAGCAGCUGCAGAGUCAACUGUCUCAACAGUUGAAUCUGCCCAGUCUUCAGGACUCGUCUGCAGCGGUAAAUCUGAAUGUGAAACAACAACCGCCUGAAGACAAGACGAAAAUGUUCGCUCAAACGACGCGAGAGAUCCCGGAAUGGGUGACCGUAUUGAAGCAAUUCGUAGAAAUCAAGCGCGCAUCCUUCCUUUUCGUCGCGUGGUUCAUGGGAUUCGGUAUCGGAUUGAUUUUUACCUUCCUCUUUUGGCAUCUCCAGGACUACAAUGGCACACCGACUCUAUUUGGUGUCGCCUCUGUGAUCAAUCACAUUUCCGAGAUAUUUGCUUACUUCUUCAGCUUUAAACUGAUCCGUCAAAUCGGUCACGUGAAGGUGUUGUGCAUGGGACUGGGUGGAAACGUGUUUCGUUUCAUUUAUAUCUCUUAUCUGACGAUUCCAUGGUGGGUGCUGCCUUUUGAAUUCAUCCAGGGAAUAACCCAUGCGGCUGUGUGGGCCGCGUGUUGCAGCUACAUCUCUCAUAACACGCCUCCACAAUUGCGUACAAGCGCGCAGGGUGUUCUUCAAGGUAUCCAUCAUGGUCUUGGCAGGGGAUGCGGAGCUGUGAUAGGUGGCAUGUUUGUCGACACUUACGGAACAACUGCGACAUUCCGAACUUACGGUGUCAUGUGCAUCUUCGUUCUUGCCUUGUUCGUGUUCGUCAACUUUUACAACAAAGAUACAGGCUUCGUCUCCGAGCUGCCACAAACGGAGGAUCCUCGUCAAGUCGCCGAAGCGACUCAUCUGGCACCGCACGGUGUACCUAGCAACGCCAUUCCUCGCGCUCUCAGCUCUACUCGACUGCACGAGUUGGCUAAUCAAGACACGGGCUACGGUGCCACUUACCAAUCUGGCGAUACUCUCAACGUGCCAGGUGCGAAUGGAGGCCCAGUAAACCCGACGAAUCCAUUUCUGAACACUGGAGGCGGCGGCGGAGGUAGAUAUAAUUACGGUAUGACUGGCAAUGGCGAGGACGAGUAUAUCCGUAGGAGCUUCCAGCUUUACAAUGAGGUGAUUAGCAGGGAAUUCGACCUGGUUAAACCACCGCCGAUAGUGACCCAUCUGCACGCUCAACAACCAUGCACCAACCCCUUCCAUCAGCACGACUACGAAUGGUAACAGUCCGGAACGUUCGAUCCCACUUGAGGUGAUCAGGAUGCUCAUGGAAUGCUGGUCGAUAACCGGCAUGUUCUCUGGAGAACCGAAAACGAAGGACCAGCUUCGGAGUGCUAGGCAGAAGGAAUUUUUACACGAUUAAAAAAAUUCGAUGAAAGCCCCUUGGUGCCUCCUUGGAGCAACACCGUUCGUUAUACUCGCAUUAAAAACGCCUGAUAGCGUCGAUGCAAACUAUUGUAACAAAUUAAUCACGGUAUAAAGAGCAAAUAAACAGAGAGGAUUCUUUCCGAUGCUAACAAUUCGAUUAUCAAGCUUGAAGAAGCAUCGAAAGGAUAAAGCGCAACAUUCAAAAGGAUAAAAAAGAAUUGACCAUGAGACUGAUCGAUAGAACGAUGAUUUAAAAGUGUCUGCUCACUAUGAUCUUGUUGUUUACCGUUCAACACUGCUGGGAUUACGAGUUUCGUAAUGCUAACGUAAUCGACGAAAAAUAUUCGAAGAAACAUGCGUAAUCGGUAAGGAUCGCUCGCUGGGGGCACCGAAGGGCAGCUUCGAUCGGAUGAGAGGAACGUCCGCGAAAUAUACGAGACGAAAGCCAAAACGCGAAUCGAAAGAAAGCCAUCCGAUAGAAAUAUUUUGUUAGGAUAUAAACGUGCUGGUCCCGUGAUACGUGAUCGUCUCGUAGAAUCCACUUUUAACGUUAUUUUGACAAAUUUGAGAUGCAAGUGAAGACAAGAUCUUCACGUACCACACGGAUCAUCUCGUGUAUAUGCAUAAAAGGCCACGAUGUACAGCAAAAGAAACAAAUAUCUUUCGUGACUGAAAUCUAUGUACGUAAUAUACCUGACACGUGUAGUACGGCACAACACGAUCUGCGGGGUCGCUUCAACGAAAACUCAUAUCCUAUACAAGAACUUGCAUUCCAUGGUAGCGUUCGAGUACAUUUUCAUCGGUUGUCGAAUACGAAUCGACGAGAACGAGAUUUUCAAAGAUUCCAUCUUCUCUAACCGGUCAGUCGAGACUUUCGCGAUUUGAAACAGAAUCGGUGGAAGAAGACCGAUUUGCGAGUUUCUCAUCGUACGGAUUCGAAAAUUCGAUGAAACUCGAGUCACAGCCGCGCCCUCGAAUGCAAGAAAUUCGAUGUAACUAUUACGUGUAUCUUGAUGUGCAAAAUCGUAUUACUCCCUCCGCUUCUUUCUUUUCGUUACGAUUCUCUCCACUAUUGCGUAUCUAGUAUUCUUUGACAAAAGUCGUGAAUCGCUAAAGAUCAUUGUAAAUACUAUUAUCUCUCUCUCUCUCUCUGCUUCUCUUCGCGUGUGAAUAUUAAGGAAUGACCAUUGACUCUUCUCUCGUUCGCCCGUUGUUUUCCGUUUUUAGGCUGAACGUUGCUCGUUGCGUGUUGUAUCUGUAAAAUGUUUCACACGUACUGUAAUUAUUGUAGACUAUCGAGUUGUUAAUUCAAAUACUGUUUUCUUAUGUGAACAGGAAACAACGUUUCUCCGCGAUAGGUGUAUGAUACUGUUAAUAAUGAGAGAUAAUUAAGCGGAUUCAUGAUAAAGAUUGAAAGCGUAACCCGGUCUUUAUCGUCGGAAUCUCAAUAAAACUAUUAACGUCGUGCGUUUGCCCGAAUCAACGUUGAAGUUCUCGAGCCAUCGCUAUUUUCUUACUACUUAGUUUCAGUCAGAGAAUGUAUCGUUUUAAACGCACUCAAUUCGAUCUUGUUCAAAGUGAAAGCUCAAAGUGAAAGUAUUUUUGCUCGAUUUGGUUCGGCUAAGUGUGCGAAUAGCCUGAACCAAGCGGAAUCUCGUUUCCCGAGCCACAAGCUAGACGUAAUGUUGUACCUACGUUACCUUAAAUGAAAUUUAAACACUAAGGCAUAGCGUUGUACGUAUCAGAAUGCUUUUUAGCUCAGUAUUGUUACGUAGUCGGUACGGUUACAUUAUUAUUAAUCGUAUGUGUGUGCGUCAGAAUGAACACGUGUCACAGGGGUGUUUCGUUUUCUCAUUGUUCCCCUGUAUGAACACCGGUUUUCGAGGACACCUUCCACCGAAAUCGAAUAGAAUUAGGCCAACAGCGCCCGUAAGCACGAAACGGAUAAUCAUAAUGUAGUAGCUGAUGUUGUAAACGCAGUUUCCAUCGGAAUGUCCGGUGGAUGUAAUAAGACAGCGAACAACGUGGAUCGAACCUCAUUGUCUCGCGACUAACAUGCACACAUGCACGAUAUACAAUGAGAUCACCUAUCUAAUUAAUCAUCGAAAGACAAAUAUCGAACGAUAGUAGAUUGGAUAGAUCUAGCGCUUACAAUUGGUUGGCCACACUCCCGAUGCAUGUGAUUUUCUAAUAAUUUGAAUACGAUACUUUGUUGGACAUUGCGUAAACGAAUGCUUCUGGCGUCCCAUUUAUAGUUUGCUUUCGUAGAUUUAAGAAAAAUCGCUGUCAAGCCUGUUAGAUUUGUUACACGGCAUCCGGUGAAAGGCGUGCUCGAAAUAAAUGAAGUUAUCAAUUA